AGAACUAGUUGAGACAGCGAAAGUUUUGUCAGCGGGAAAGUUAAGGAUUUUUUUUUAGUAGUUUGUAAUAAAUGGUUGUAAACGUCUGAGAGGUGUAGAUAGUUUUAAGACAAUUUGGAUUAAAGUUUUAGAUGGUGAGGAGUGACUGACUGACUGACUGGAGAGUGACUGACUGGAGAGUGACUGACUGGCUGGCCUCAACCGUCUUAUAAGGGAGGGAAGUGACUAACUGGCCGAAUUUCACCAGUUUAAGAGGAUUAACGAUUUCAUUCACCAGUUUAACGUAAAUAAUAUCAAUUACUUCUACAUCACAUUAACAGGAUUAUAUUUUAACUGACGGUCUUAACUUAAUAUUAACAAAAUAGUUGAAUUAAUGUUAACGUUAAAUAUCAACGGAAUUAGUUAAAUGUCUUCUCGUUUAACGUUAACAAAAACAACGAUAAGGUUUAACGUAACGAGAGUAAUUUAACAAAGAAAAUUUAACGAGUAUUCUAAUUUAACCAUAACCAGAUUACUGAAUUCAUUUUCCGAUUUUAACACGACAAAAAUUAACGAGUUUGCCAGAAGGUUAACGAAUUCAUCCAACGGCACGAUUAACUAGCAACAAAGUUCACUGUUAACAAUAUUACUAAAAGAACGCAAAACAAAUUCCUUUAGUUAAAACAGAAACAAAAUCAAGGUAAAAAGAAACACGUCAAUACAGCAUUAAGAAAGAAUUAAAUGCUGAGGAUGAAUAUAAGUCGUAGAACUGGUCAAGAAUUAGUUAACUCUUUCAAGAAUUAAACCCGACUUGGCUAGUAAUUGAAUCAACAAACACCGGAGUUGAGAAGAAUUUGACAUGAUAGAAUUAACAGCGAAAGGUAAUUAAUAAAAAGUAAAUAAUAAAUAAUAAUAAUAAAACAGAUAUAACGGUAAUAAUAACAGAAACGGAAUAAGCGUUUAACAUUACUAACAAACAGAAACUAACGGCAGGACCAUUUAAGCCCUCUGCCAGUAAGGGCAUUCAAACCUCGCCAGGCGCUCCGUGUUACUCAGCCACAACGAUCAACCAUUAACAAAACAACGACAGACGUUUCUUCGCCAGGCCUUCCCUCCGCCAGCGAUACUGUUUAAGCUGAGAAGGUCAGGUCGACUACCACAGCUGCCAAACACAACACACCAGUCGUCUCCAGCAACAUGUCGGGCAAGACGGUGGACUGGAGCCGCUUCGGGUUGGCGUCUGAUGCCGACCAACACGCCUCAGAGACCACACGCCUCAAAGAUCCCGCCCUAGAGGAAGGUUACUACGGCGGCCAAGACGCUGAACUCUUCGCCGAGGAGAAGGGGGACGUGCCGUGGUGGAAGAGCACAUUCUUCGUCAGCGAGCGAGUGCUGUUUGGGACGUGGGACGGCGUCUUCACCUCCUGCCUCGUCAACCUGCUGGGGGUCAUCGUCUUCCUCAGGGCGGGUUGGGUCGUAGGGGAGGCUGGUGUACCCCUGGCGGCUCUGGUGGUCAUCGUCUCCGUGGUGGUGGUGCUGACGUCCGUGGUAUCAGCAGUAGGGAUCUGUGAGCGCACGAGGAUGGAGAGUGGCGGCAUAUAUUUCCUCAUCUCUCACGUCUUGGGCUCUCAGGUGGGCGGAUCCGUCGGCCUCGUCUAUUGCUUCGGGCAGACGGUCGGCAUCUCCCUCUGCGUCACGGGCUUUGGAGAGUCGAUGGCUGAGCUGCUUGACCUGCCGUGGGUGUGGGCGGAGAAAGCCAUUGGAUCUGGGGCGCUGCUGCUGCUGGCACUUAUCAACAUUGCUGGGGUCAAGUGGGUCAUCAAAGUACAGUUCUUGUUGCUGCUGCUGGUCGUUCUCGCUGCCCUUGAUUUCGUGUUUGGAAGCUUCCUGGACCACUCUGAUAAGGAGGGCGUGACGGGCUGGUCUGGUGUGACGUGGGCUAAUAACACGUCACCGGGGUACACGUCGGGCACGUCGUGGUUCACCGUGUUGGGCGUGUUCUUCCCUACAGUGACGGGUAUCAUGGCGGGCAUCAAUAUGAGCGGUGACCUGAGGAACCCGGCCAGGGACAUCCCCGUCGGUACCCUGUCUGCUCUUGGCCUCAGCACGGUCCUCUACCUCGGGUUCGUGGUGGUGCUGGGCGCUACUGUAGAGCGUCACGUCCUGCUCACUGACUACAUGAUUACGGAGAAAGUGUCAGCUCUAGGUGUAUUGCUGCUGGCUGGGCUCUACACCACCACCUUGUCCUCCACUCUGGCCUCCCUGUAUGGCUCCCCACGGGUCCUCCAGUCCAUCGCUGCAGAGAACGUUGUCCCCAUCCUGGCCUCACUGGCUAAAGGGAAAGGGCCCAACAAAGUGCCGGUGUUGUCGCUGGUGGUGACGGUGAUUAUCACACUCAUCUUCCUGUUUGUGGGCAGGAUCAACACUCUGGCACCCAUUGUCACCAUGCCCUUCCUGGCCACAUAUGCAACAAUUGACUAUGCUUACUUUGCUCUUGCUAUGACAGCUGACAUACAAAGAGCACGAGAAGCAAGGUUCAGAGGUCAAACCUUUGGAACCCCGACCUUUGACUCGAGGGGUGCAGGAGGCACUAAUGAUUUGGACCACCUGUUUCCAGAGAGAAUCACCCAUAAGAAAGUCAUUACGACAGCAGCCAGCUCAGGGACAUCUAGCCUUGUGUCUUCUCCUGAUGACCACUCAAGCAUUAAGUCAGACACUGAUCAUUCGACAAAAGCAGAAGAAGAGAGUGUUGGUAGUGGUGUUACGACAGGUGAAGGGGUGACGCCUCACACAGGGGGUCCUGCAGGAAUGAUGGGUAUCUCGAGCAAACCAGCCCAUUGGUAUUCUUAUCUCUGUAACCGCUGGCUUUCCCUCCUUGGGGUUGGUGUGAAGUUGGCGAUGAUGCUGUGUGUCCACUGGGCGUAUGGUCUCAUCACACUGUUGACAACACUGCUAAUAUACAUAUAUAUUGGUCAGGCAGCACCCGGCGGUCCUCCUGGUAUUGCCACAGAGUUCGUCUUCCUUCGUUGGCUCAAAAACAAGUUUCUGAGAUGCAUUGGGCAGCAGUCAGCAGAGUACGACCAAGUGGUGGUCACUCCUCUGCACCCAGGUGUUGAAGUUACUGCUAACCAACUGACGGAAGAAAAUGAAGACUUUGCUGCUCGUUCACGCUACCACCAAUCAACACCAGGCCAGGCACUUCCUGAUCUACCUGAGCCUCGUUGAUUUGACCCUCACACCUAAAUCUGGUACAUGACUUAGUGAAUUAUAAUAAUCAAUUAUAAGGCCCAAGGAUAAUACCAAUUCAUUUACAGUACAGAACUAUACUGUGCUUUUUACAGCAUGUUUUGGCUAUACAGUACAGUAUACCUGAAGUAUGGACACAUCAUCUUGUUAAGUCUCAGGGCAGUGAAGGGCAUUAAAGGCAUAUCCAAAUAUUGCUAUUGUCAGAUUUUUGGAGUUAAUAUUUUGUUUUCUCCACAAGCCAUAUUCUGCCAUGAUGCAGGUGCUGGUCUCUUAACAUUCAGCAUCUUAAUACAUGUACUGUAUUUAGAUUAGAUUUUUUAAGUGUUGUAAAUUUUGAAGGAUGGAUAUCAUACCAAAGUACUACAGUACACUGGGGAAUAUCUAUAUUUAAGGCCAAUAUCCAAGAAAAGAUUUUCUAAGACAUGAAGUCUGAAUGUCACCAGAAAUAAGACAAUGAAUUCCUGAUUUUAUUGUGGAUAAAAUUUUAUUAACACUAUUGAAGGCAUACAGUUACCCAGAAUAUAUCUAGAAAGAUUUAAUUUGACCAAAGAAUUAAUGGUUAAUUGAAACACCACUAAUAUACAGUACGCACUCUCAAGUUUACUAAAUUAUUGGCAAUCUCAUACGGUAUCUGUGAUUACACUUAACAUCAAUAUUGUGCUGACAUCACUUGGCACACUAGUUAAAGUACAGGUACUUGCCAACAGUGCGUAACAGAGACGUGACCGAUCGCCCAAGCGGCUAGCGAGCCGAUCAGUGGUGAAGAGGAUAAAAGUAAGUAAAAAUGAGAUAUAGACUAUUUGUGUAGACUGAAUCACUCAUCACAUCUUCAGGGUGUGUACCACAUUUCCCUCACAUGGUGCUUCAUAAAGAUUUACUGGUACUCUAUUAAACUAUGAUUAGACAGUAAAAUCUAUUUUUGGUAUUAGGAGCAGAGAGAUUUAACAUAGCGUUGCCUCACUGAAGUGUUCUUUGUACCUUAUUUAAUUAUUCAGGUUUCUACAAUUUUUUUUUGUCGUCCAUUACAUUCAACAUUUGGUCAUUAGCUAGGAGAGGUGAUUAGUGUGUACAGUAUGAGCCCCUGGCUUAAUGGGCAGCAGUUAAAGGUAAAGGAAAUUCUUGUAAGUCAGACAGUCUGUCAAAAACAUUCAUAAAGGUUAUACAGCAGCAAAAAUUCAAUACUGUACUGUAUAGUGACGCAUCAAGCUGGGUCUAGAAUUACCGGGUACGUAGUCUAUAAAAUACACUACACAUAUGGCCUGAAACUGCAAAAACGUACUGUCCCCCAAGUUUAAAAUAUUUGUGACCAUCUCAACCCACCUUCGGUAAACAAUGAUAUACUGUAGUUUGUUUGACAGUCAUUAUAGGGUGUAGGCUAUGGGUUUUCACAUACCAUCUUUCGACCUAAUUUUGGUUCAUGUUUGUUACUGUCAUGUGUCAGUGAUGUGGAAUUUGAUCUGCAAUGUAUCUGAUAGUCAUUACAGUAUUAAUAAAUUUGUGACUUAUGUUACAUGAUUUCUGAACAAAGGUUCUCCACUUUUAUGUUCAGGUCUUUAUCACUUUGUAUAACAUGAAUUAGCACCAUGAGUGGGCUACUGGCUUUACAGCUAAUACUGGUGUUUAUCCAGUCAUCUUUGGUAUGGAAUGAAUAAUUUAGUUAGCCCCUUGUGUACUGGGCCAUGAAUGAGUCAAAAUGAUAUCUAUUUUUUUCCUAUUUUUAUUUUAAUAUAUUUAUGGUGAGCAUUCGUUUCAUUCAACAUUUAGUCAUUAUUACAGUAUUGAUUUUUUGUCUUUUUUUAUUUAGUUUGGUUAGUUUCACAUGAUCAGUCCCAGGAACACAGCCUCCAUUGUAGCAAUAUGUCUGGGAAAAUUGCUUUCACUACAUAAGUUUUUGCUUUAUGCACAACUUUAACGGAAUGGAUUCCUUUCGUUUAGUGAUAACUGCCCGUACAACGACUGUGAACACAUCUACUCCUCGACUUAUGACCACCCGGACAUACGACUGCCCUAGUCGUACCAAAAUUUGUUCAAAUUACGUAUUUUCGAGUCCCUACAUUAGUGAUUGUGCUGUGUACUGACAAAA